UACCUUGAUUUUGUAUACGGGAAAGUUAUUAUAGUUUUAAUAUACUGAAAUAAUUAACAAGAAAAAGAAAAAAGAAAAAUGUUUCGCAGUAACUUUUUGUUUACGCCAUCAAGUAUGUGGAGAAAAUUACUUUUAAAUUGUAUCUCGUAUUCAGGUUACAAGAAGUUUUAUUUUUCCAAUUUAACCACAUUUUCAUAUGGCAACAAACUAUAUUCAAACUAUAUGCGCCUAAGUUCGAGUUAUGUUACAAGUCGUCUAAAACGUAAUACAUUCCCUAACAGCUGUUGCUAUAUAUCGAACCUCUCAAACUCCCCAACAACUAUUACUAGUUAUGAAGAAGAAAGAAAAACAUUUUCCGUUAAUGUACCAGAUUUCUUUAAUUUUACUUCGGAUGUUAUUCAACAUUGGGCAACCUGCCAAAAGGAUGAUGAAAAUCCCACAAAAGCACUGGCAAUUUGGUGGAUUGAUGACAAUGGUCAAGAGAUUAAAUGGACAUUUAAAGAUUUGAUAAAACUAACAAACAAAGUGACCAAUAUUCUCCAGGUUUCAUGUGGUCUUCAAAAAGGAGAUUGUGUUAUGAUUAUUCUUCCACGAAUCCCAGAAUGGUGGCUGCUAAAUCUUGCAGCCUUUAAAGCAGGAACCAUUGCAUGUCCUGGCACCAUACAGCUACGAGCUGCUGACAUCAAGUACCGACUACUUAAAUCUGGAGCAAAAUGCAUUGUGGCCAGUGAUGAAACACGCUCUUUUAUAGAUGAGUGUGCUGAUAGUUGUCCUGAUCUGAAGAAAAAGUUAUAUGUUGGUUCACAAUCAAGCAAGUGCUCAUCAUGGCUUAACUUCACUGAAUUAAUGGAUACAGCUUCAGAUUCUGCUGAGGGUGUUAAAACAAGAGCAUCUGAUCCUAUGAUGUGGUUUUUCACAAGUGGUACUACAAGUCAUCCUAAAAUGACUGAGCACACUCACGCUAGUUAUGGAAUUGCUAGUUUGUCUAUCACCCGAUAUCUUUUAACUGCUACUCCAACUGAUGUAAUUUGGAAUUUAGCAGAUACAGGAUGGGCAAAAUCUGCUUGGAGUAGCCUCUUUGCACCUUGGUUGGGUGGUGCAUGUGUUUUCAUUCAUCACACAACUAACCACAAAUUUGAUUCUAAUUCACUUCUACAAAUUCUGGAAAAAUACAAUAUUUCUGUCUUUUGUGCACCACCUACUGCUCUACGCUUGUUUGUUCAAGAAGAUCUAAGUAAAUAUAAGUUCAAGUCUUUGCGACAUUGUGUUUCUGGUGGUGAACCAGUGAACGAGGAGCUGAUUAGCCAAUGGAAGAAGGGAACAGGUCUGGAACUAUAUGAGGUCUAUGGACAAACUGAAACAACAUUACUCUGUGGUAAUUAUCCUUUCCUUGAAAGGAAGAUUAGGUCAAUGGGAAAGGCUUCCCCUGGAAUAAACUUACAGAUUGUAAAUGAUGAAGGAGAAGUACAACCACCAGGCACUCUCGGUAACUUAGCUAUUUGUUGCAAACCAGAUAGACCAGUUGGACUAUUUAGUAGAUAUGUUGGCGAACCAAAAUUAACAGAAUCUGUUUUCAGGGGUGAUUAUUAUUUGACAGGUGAUAAAUGCAAAAUGGAUGAAGAUGGCUAUAUUUGGUUCAUAGGCCGAAAUGAUGAUAUAAUCCUUUCAUCUGGAUAUCGCAUUGGUCCAUUUGAAGUUGAAAGUGCUCUUAUACAACACCCAGCAGUUUUGGAAUCAGCAGUAGUCCGCAGUCCAGACCCCGUCAGAGGAGAAAUUGUGAUGGCAUUUGUGAUACUCGCACAAAAAUACCAGAAUAGCAAUACUGACGAACUGAAAAAGGAGCUUCAGGAACAUGUCAAGUCCAUUACAGCUCCUUACAAAUAUCCACGCCGAAUAAAAUUUGUCACUGAACUACCAAAGACAAUCAGUGGAAAGAUUCGGCGUGUUGAGCUGAGGAAACCUGAAUGGCAAAUUGACUGAAAUAAAUACUUGGAAAUAUACUAAUACUGUUAUACGUCUUUGCAAUUCUCAGUCUCUUAACCAUAUCAAACAUUUACUAAAACAUUUAUACACCCUUGCAAUUCUCAGUCACUUAAUGCUAUCAAACAUUUAACAAGACAGCUUUGCAAAGAUUCAUGCACAAACAUGUUAGCUGCCAACCUACUUUUAAAAUACUGUUUAUUCAUUACCUUACAUCUAAUAUAAUCUUGAGAUCUUAGCACUUAUUUCAUCAACUUCCAAGAUUAAAUCUAUCAAAAUAGUAUUUAGACUGCAUGACUAAAGACUGAACUUGAAUUGAUUUUUCCAAAUGCUAACCUACAAUUCAAAAUAAAGCUUAUCUAUACUAACUGUCACACAAAUAUAGUACAAGAAGUUUUUCAUCAAUCUAUGUCAUCUUUAACAAACUAACAAAUGAAAUCUGUGAAAUCUGCUUCCAUUAUUCAGAAUUUUGUGCAGUUUCUGCUGCAAAAUUAAUGUUACCACCUUUAAUUUCUCAUUAUAGAAAAUAUAUAAAACGAUAUUAAACCAGAUUAAAUCUAUUUUUUGAAAAAUCA